AUGGUCGUUCCCCACAUGGUCAUCCGCCAAGAGGCCCAAGUCAUAACUCAGACGGUUGAGCUCCCCUCCACAACUUACACCACGUACGUCACACUAGGCGUGGUCUCGGCUGCAGCCACGGACCGUCCCGUCGCAGUCCCAUCCCAGCACAGUGGCGAUGGUCUCAGCGGUGCUGAAAUCGGUGCCAUCGUCGGAGCUGUCGUUGGGUUUUUCAUCCUCUCUUUCGUCGUGGUAUGUUGCUGCUGUCGGCGACCGAAGAAGCAGGUUAAGAAGAGGAGGAGUUAUCGCAGCUAUUCUGGCUCGGAAGAUGAUUGGUCGGUUGUGAUGCCGCAUGAGGGUUGGACGAGGCCUGUGCCUGUUGUUAUCCCGAGGCCUACGCCGGUGCAGUAUCCGCCUCCAACUGCGCAAAGAGAGCAGGUUCCUGGGGGGCCAAAGUUUCCCACUUAUAGGGCGAUUCCUAUUCCCAAUCCUAGGAGGGCAGCUUCGAAUCUUCCUCGAACUUAUCGGUGA